UAAUUGUUAAACGCGAUCUUUAAAUUAGACGAAUAAAAUUUAAAAUUACGUUGUGUACCUGCGAAUUAAAGAGUUAAAUUUCUACUUGAAACUUUUAUUUGGUGGAAGCAAAUGGACAAAAGGCGAGACAACAAUGUCGGGCAAUAAACAACCGCACAAUUCACUGAUAUAUAUUUUGCCUGUCCAUUACGACGAAUCCAACUCGAUUCGAAUCCGAGUACCUCGGCCGAUGAGAUCGGCAAGGGUAUCUCGCAGCGGCUGUGGGAAGGGAGGAGCCAUCUUGCGGCCUGUUUCAGGGCAGCCACCAAUUGAUUCGCCCCCACCAGGCACCGCAAGCAGGCGUCGAUUCAAUUCCAGGACGAAAAAAGCGUCCGGCGGGCGGCGCCGUCCGUAUAAUUCCCGCGCCCGCAUUGGCUCAACAUUCCGUGUAACCCACGAGCCUGCCGUGGGCUCGGCCAAUCGGGCGCCUCUAGGCGGAUCCUAAAACCAGUUUCAGUUUCGCGGACAGAGGGGAGUCGUUGACUCGAGUCUCUGGGCAGAUAGUAUUGUGCCGUUGGCUCAUGCCGUAGUGGUCUUAACUCCAGCAGGUCCUUGCUACCAAGGAAAUCCCGGAGACCCGCCUGUCACGCGCACGUACUCGAGGGCCGCGAAGACCCGGAAGUUCCUCCGGUGACGCGUCGUGGCCGGGAAAGUGUUGCAAACGUGCGUAAUUCGGUGAAGCGAUCCCAACGUGCACAGAAUUUUGGAGUACACCGAGAAGAAUUGCUCCCGUGAAUCGUGAGACUUUCAGUGACGUCACAAAUCAAAGACUGUGUAAUGGACUUUUGGAAAGACGUUGUUCUCAUUGAAAGUCAUUAGUUUCCAAUCAUCGAUCAUAACAAAUAAAGGACUGGCUGUUUUCGUAUUUGGUGAAAUCAACAUUUGAAAUUGUCGAUCAUGGAUUUUCGACGUAUUAUAGCCUAAUUUGUGAUACCGGCUUGGAAUUUGGUUAGAAAAGUCGCGCGUUUAGAAGCUGCCGGAGCAUUAAGUUGUCCGACGGCUGGCGGAAUUCUAUCAAUCACCUAUUCAACAGGCAACUUGGUACGGAAAAAGUUACAAAAUAUGUGGAACGUUGUGAUUGACACUUUGAAUUACGGAUUGAUCUAUAGAUCCUGAAAGCAUCCGCAAACGUCAAGAAUAUGUAAAAUAUCAACAUUAGAGAAAGCAAUAAGAAUCUUGGUUUGGAACACCGUUCAUUAAGAUCAUCGCGUUCUGAGAAGAUCAAUGAUCGGGAUGGAUCUGAGUAACGACCUAAAAGACUUAGAAUGGAAGAUACAGAAACCCAUUUGAAAGGGCGAGAUCAAAGCUUUCGCAAGCGUCUUAAUGAUCAUCACAAACGAGUGACUUACAGGCAGUGAUGAUCUAUGAAUUGUAUUGCUCAGUGACGAUGCUUCAAAGGGUUUAAAAUGGAAGACGUAAACGCGCGUUAACUGGAAAUAUCUAACGGCGUCAGAUAACCUCCAAUCUCUCGCAUCUUUGACGGACACAUGACACCAGUGUACCAGUGAUCAGGUGACCCCCCUCCUCUCCUGGUGAUCGAGCUUUGCUGAUCCCAGGGAUUGAUGCGAGCGGACUGAUCGCUCUCCGUGGGAGAGACGAACGCCGGCGAGUUGGUACCGAAGAUGGUCCUGGAGCCUGGAGGCGGUCUAUCCUUUCCGUUGCCCCCCGGCAGCGGCUCCAGCGCCUCCGGAGGAUCCUUGCUGGCCCCGACCAGGUUGUUCCAAAGAACGACGCCUGUGUUUCCGUUCCACUUGGCAGGAUGGCCGCCGCAUCAUCCAGUACUGGGUCAGGUGCAGAGCCAGGUCCAGCAGAGCAUACAGGCCCAGCAUCAGGCCGCUGCCGCAGCAGUCAGAUUCCUCAAUCAUCAUCAUCCGCAUCAUCCGCAUCCGACGUUGAGCAAUCAUUCCCUAGUACCGGGGAUCACUGGGCAUCAUCCCAGUGUGCAUCAUCUACAUCAUGCUGCUGAUCAUGGAGAGGAAGAGGACGAAAAGAAAGGUUGCGACGGGGAAUCGGAUGAGGGCGGCAACAAGAGGCGAAGAAGCAGGACUAACUUCAACAGUUGGCAGUUGGAGGAAUUGGAACGGGCCUUCCUGUCGAGUCAUUAUCCCGACGUCUUUAUGCGGGAAGCACUGGCUGUGAGACUCGAACUAAAAGAGAGCCGCGUGGCAGUGUGGUUCCAAAAUCGAAGGGCAAAGUGGCGGAAGAAGGAACACACGAAGAAGGGCCCCGGAAGGCCGGCGCAUAACGCUCACCCACAGAGCUGCAGCGGCGAACCUAUCCCACCCGAGGAACUGAGACGGAAAGAGCGCGAGAGGCGACAGAAGAAGUUGCUGAAAGCUCUCGAGAGACAGCAGCGGAAACUCGCUGCCAAAGGCAUAACGGUGGACUUAUCGACAUUGCGUGCCGAGUGGGAGUCUCGUAGCGAGGCGGCGUCGGGUCGUAGUUCCGGGAGCGGUCCUCUGAACUCGUUCGGCCAACUGGGUCUGGGCAGCGAGAGCAACAAUAUAUCCGGUAAUGAUGCCAACGAGGAGAUCGACGUAGUCGGCGGGUUGGACUCCUGCAGCGAGAGUGACAGCGAGCGGGUGGACUCGGCGGCCGACGGUUCCGUGGACGGUGAAUGUUUCCCGGCCCUCAACAGUAACGCGAACGAGACUAGCGAGCCCCGGAAAGUCCCACCGCAGAAUCCGCCGAUGGAGCACCUGAACCACCAGCCCGGCAUUCAUCACUGGGGCCUGAGCUUGCUGGAGCGACGGCGCGAGCUGGUGGGAGUCGGGGCGGGUCGUCAAUCGGCCGGUAACGGCGCCAGGAAUCUGAUCAGACAGGCCGCCAGCGAGGAGGAAGUCCAGAGCGGCAGCAUUGAUCUGUCAGUGAAGGGCAGGGAGGAGAGGAAGAGGCUGAACCCGUUCUCCAUCGACAGCUUGUUGGGAAACAAUCGGACUAGCGCGGCAUCGGAUCGCAGGCCGGCGACGCCGACGUCGCCGACGUCCCCCGUUUCGUCGGCUUGCACGUCGCCCUCCACGACGUAGUGAACAGGUGGGGAAUGGCGCCGAGGUGUGCCGGAUUAAAAAGUUUCACGUAGUCGAGAGUGGCGAAGAGUGCGAAGGGGUGGCGGCGGUAAACUCUUCGACAAGAUUACCGGUUGACGGUGAAGUGACCAUUGGGAAUGAGCGAAGGCCGAAGCGUAAAAGAGCGCGGAACUGGUACUUCUGGUGGUCGUGAAAACGCGCGGAGAAGAAACCAGCUACGGUAACGUCCCCGUUUCUGCCAGGGUUUCCUGUCGCUUUGACUGAAGUCGCUAGAUUCAUGGAUAUCCUCGCGUACUUGUAGACAUUCUCACGUCCAUCGAUGAAUGCGCAUCUAAGAUUCUCGAUUCCGAGAUCUCUGAAAGUCUACAUUCACGAAUUCACGAGCCAAAGGCUGAUUAAAGAAAGAAAGAAAUUACAGAGAAAUUGGAUAUUAGACAAAUUGAAAAAUUUACAGGUAUAACAAUCGAAUUGCAAGUUAUAAUAGAUCGCGAUCGAUUACGUUCGUAAUUACGAGAUUCUUUGGGUCUAAAGGAAUUUGAGGAUCUAAGUUUUGCGCCAUCGGCACGGACUGGCAAGACUUAUAUCAGUUUGACAUAUCGAAUGCAUGCGUGACCAUCGUAGAUCGAGUGCGUUUGAUUUCGUCCAUUGUGUUUCCUUUUAAAGAAGAGAAUGGAAAAAAUGUGCAAUAAACGUGGACAUAUCUCGCCGACUAGGCGGCUUGUCCGACUUUGAGGUAAGACAGAAAAGCGAGAAAGAGAGUGAGAGAGAGAGAGAGAGAGAGAGAGAGAGAGAGUGUGUGUGUGUGUGUGUGUGUGUGAGUGUGAGUGUGUGUGUUAGUGUAUGUCUGAAUAAAAGAAAAAGGGAGAGAAAGAGAGUGAGAAAAAGUGCGAGUGCAUAUAUGCGUGUAUUUAAUGUAAAUAGUGGGAAGGAGGUCCGUUUUAUUUAAUUUUUGAGUAGUCGAUACCCCAGUGUUCGUCGAUCGCGGAUAUUAUUUAAAGCAAUAGGGCGGAGGUUCUCAACUCGUUACACACAAUUGCGAUUGAUUCGCUGAAAAUUACUACAGCAGCCACUCGUUAUCGUGACUCGAAUUCCUAUAGGGGAGAUAGACUGGGCAAAUCGGAUAACGCUGUAUCCAGCGUUUUUAUUUAUAAUAGCGCAGUGGUUGAACAUGUACAACCAAUAUAAUGUCACUCAGUUCGAAGAUAAAACCAAAUUAAAACGCUCUUGAGGACCUUUGCGAUAGGAAUUUGUUUGGCGUUGUAUAUAAACUUUAAGAUCCUAAACGAGCGUGAGUACGGCGUGGUACAAAGAUUUGCUCCCCUUCUACCCCCGUAUGCAAGUUUGAUCUUCGAGCUCGAUUUAGGGUUGAUUAGGGGUGAUUAAGAGUUGCCAUACGAUGAUCCGGGAUAUGCGAAAAACCAGUACCUAUCAUAUAUCCAUUAAAAAUAUAUUAAUUUAUUCUCCAGACCA